AGAAGGGUUGCAAAACCAAAGUCAUAAACAAAACAAGCAAUAUCUUUCGUCAGUCAAUAUUGCGUACUCUUCAUAGCCAAAAUCAACAACGAAUCGACACCCACUAUGCAAGAGCCAGAGAGCAACGAUCCACCCACAGCAGUCAUUCUUCGACAGGCAACGAACCCAGCAGAUAUUGCUGCCUCCAGGAAAUGCUUUGAGGCAUACACGAAAUGGCUAGAUGAAGAUAUCUCGUUCCAGAACUACGCCGAGGAGCUCAGCGGGCUUCCGGGAAAAUACUCACCUCCAUCCGGCGCACUACUUCUUGCCAUAGACUCGAUGAACGGGAACAUUCUUGGCUGCAUCGCGAUGCGACCUAUCCGUCUCGACUCACGAUAUCUCCUGAACCGCCAAUCAGAUGCUCGAUACUGCGAAAUAAAACGACUGUUCGUUUAUCCGGAGGCGAGAGGCAAGCGAGUGUCUAGACUUUUGGUCCGUGAGGUACUGCGGCGCGCGGAGGAGCAAGGGUACGACGAGGCUGUGCUCGACACAAUGACCAAGAUGCAAGCAGCAAUCAAAUUGUAUGCCUCAGAGGGGUUUGAAGAAACAUCACCUUACUACUAUAGCCCCCUCAAUGGAGCCUUGUACAUGUCUAAGAGGUUGUCUAAGCUCUGAACGAGGAAGACGCAUACCCGAUAGGUUCUCCGAGGGAGAUGCAGCAUAUAUCUAGACUCAUAGAUCCCAUUGGAGCUCUUUAUCAGCCAAAAGACCCGUUCCUUCGC